ACCAAUGAAAGUGGUAGGGCUGGAUGGCAUCCCUUCAGCCUCGCCCAAUUGCAUCAUUUUAAACGAAAUCAGAGGCUUAACAGACGCAAAAAUUCAUUCACUCGACGGGAGAACCUGCUCAAAUAGCGAUAUAUUUUUUUUUACAGUUGCAUCGGAAACAAGGAGACUCCAACGAGCAUGAAAGCAAUGGCCGAAACGACGACGACGACAGAGGAUGUUUAUGAUGAUGCGUAUGAGGAGAAUCAGGGCCCGAAAUCUCCAGCACAAAUCGUAUGGAAAAACGUUUUUUUAAUGACUCUAUUGCACAUAGGAGCUCUUUAUGGAUUGACGCUUCUUCCAUCUGUCUCUUUCUUAACAUUCAUAUGGACGGGAGUGUGUUUCAUAGUAAGUGCUCUUGGAAUAACUGCCGGUGCCCAUCGCCUUUGGAGCCACAGGUCCUACAAAGCCUCCUUCCCAUUACGAAUCUUCCUAGCGGUUGCAAACUCUAUGGCUUUCCAGAAUGAUGUCUAUGAGUGGGCCAGAGAUCAUCGUGCCCACCACAAGUUUUCUGAGACUGAUGCGGAUCCACACAAUGCCCGCAGAGGAUUCUUCUUUUCUCACAUCGGCUGGUUGCUGGUCCGCAAACACCCACAAGUUAUUGAGAAAGGACGUAAGCUGGAGCUCAGUGACCUUAAAGCAGAUGGGGUUGUAAUGUUUCAGAGAAGGCAUUACAAGUUAUCUGUGCUGGUGAUGUGCUUUCUCAUCCCCACGCUUGUACCGUGGUACUUUUGGGAAGAGAGUCUUUUGACCAGUUACUUUGUCCCUUGUCUGUUGAGAUACACUGUGGUCCUUAAUGCGACCUGGCUGGUCAACAGUGCAGCUCACAUGUGGGGAAUGAGGCCCUAUGACAACAGCAUCAAUCCCAGAGAGAACAAGUUUGUUGCCUUCAGUGCCAUUGGUGAAGGAUUUCACAACUAUCAUCACACAUUCCCCCAUGAUUAUGCUACAAGUGAGUUUGGCAGUCGGCUGAACCUGACCAAAGCUUUUAUCGAUCUUAUGUGCUUCUUUGGGCUGGCGAAGGAAUGCAAGAGGGUAACUCACGAGACCAUCAUAGCCCGUGCUCAACGCACCGGUGAUGGCAGCCACAAAAGUGGUUGAUUUGAUCAUUACAUAUCAAAAACAAAGAAAACAAACAAAAAAAAGGUUAUAAGCCAACAUAUACAAAAGCAUUUCUUAGUGUGCAGUGAAGAUUGAUCUCUGUAUACACUCUCAUAUGAAAUAAGAAGCUCUAGAGUGUGUUGGACUAAUAUGUGUUCUUAAGAAUUCUUUCCUUUUCAUGACUCUGGGGGAUUAUUGUUGGAGAUGGUAAAGGCCAUAGAUUGGGAGGAUAAUUAUGUCUCAGUCUGCCUCAAGAGGCAAGAGAUGGUACUUCACUAGUUAAACAGCCAUGUGCCUCAUUACUGCCCCUCUCAUGAAUAGGUUUAUCUGGCUUAGCAGUUACGGUUCUGAUUUAGAAAAAAAUAUCAUUCCAGAGAGCUAUGCAAGCUGUAAAAUUAAGUUAAGCUAUUAAUUUAUUGCCACUACAUUUUCUUAGGUGAUACACCUAACAGUGUACACAAUUGAUCAUCGGUGAUAAGUUAUUUUUCGAAUAGUUUUGUUAGUACUGACAGUAUGCCUAUAGAUGUAAAUACAUCUUACGUUCAUUAUUGAUUAUAUUUAUUCACAUUACUAUUAUUUAAAUAAAUUAUUCUACAUGCCAAUGGAAAUGUUUUCAGAUCAGUGGUGGUUAUGGAAUUUCCUCAAGUGAAAUGAGCAAUUCAUCAGAAAGUUGUAUUUCAUUUUUCAUGUUGCAUAGCUCUCUAUCUGGUUUCCAUGUCCUCUUUUGGUCCUGUAAAAGAGUACCUGGCAAAUGUGAUGACCAGGAAUAUGGUGACCUCUUUUCUAAUUAAAUACAUUGAAGCACCAAAUGACUAUUUCAAGUAUUGUGGAAAAUAUUUUGAAAGAAAUGUAUCUGUUGAGGUAAAUGUAUUAAGGUGCAUUUAUUCUACCAGAUUUAUUACAGGACAUUUAUUUGUCCUUAUUAUAUAAUAUUAAAUUGUCUUCAUCAGAUAAUAUCUUGCCCUUUGCCUUAUAGAAUAGGGAGAUUUUUGGUUGAUGUAAAAAUGAUGUAUCGCAUCAGAAGAAUUGUUCUAAAAUAAUGAAGUUUUAUCAUUCGGGGUGGGCUCUUUUCUUGGCUCCUCUGUGAUGAAUGAAUGAUAACCUACAAAUAUUGCUUCUCAUAAAUGUUUGAUAGGUUGUUAGAUUUCUCCAAAUAUAAGAAAAACAUUCUCACCAAAUGCUAUAUUUAAAACAUUCACCCAUGUUUAGGAAGAAGACUAAGACAAAUUGACUAUUUUACAGCUCAAUUAUUUGUACAGUGACCUUUGAUGUCUGGGAGCCUUAAUGGGCACAUUUUCAAGGAAUGUUUUCAUGUACCAUAAACCAAAAUUUCUAGAAGUGGGAGAGUUUUACGAGUUGUUCCGUGAGUUUUGUUAUGAAUCAAUAUUAAUCUUUUCUUAAUUGAAUAAAAUGUGUGUAUGUCUGAAAA